GUCUGGACCCUUAUUCUACCUGGCAGGAAAGGAGAUUUGGCCCUAUCACGGUUUCUUCUGAAUCCAGCAACUUAGGCUGCUACUUAAGAAUGACUAAAGAAAAAGGGAGUUCAAUUCUUAUCCCAAUAGACCCAAAGAAUUCAAGCCUGAUUGACUUCCUGGCCAUUUUAACCAAUUUCGUGGGACUAACUAAUGACGAUUUUUCAUCAAUAUCCAAAAAUCUUUCUAAUUUUGACAUUUUGAAAGCCUAUGUCGACAAACCACGGAUCAUAUCCGCAGUGGAGGAAAAUAGUGGGCUGGACGUAGAGGAUUUUGAGCCACCUCAAUUUCUAUCCCAGAAUUACUCUUCUAGUAAUCUAGUAUGAACAAGGAGGAUCCCUCACACCUUAAGGAAUCAGAUAUCCCCAGUGAUGAUUUCGACACUCCUUCAAGGAGACUUAUCGGAACAAGAAUUACUGGAUCUCUUGUCUAAGACAAAAACAGUCUCUAUUAUUAAGAGGAGGAGCACUCGUAUCAGAUCAAAGAUUGCACAUGCACUCCAUUAAAGUUGGGAUGCCUAGCAUAGCAUUAUUUCCUUUAGCUCUUUCUCUUACUUGUCUUGUAAACUCCUCUUCCAUAGCUUUGACUUUGACCGCGCUCUCUAGAAAUGUGGACUUCUCUCUUCUCUUGUGAACUUUGAUUUCUUUCAUCUUGAAAAACCUCUUUAUUUUUAGGGUGGGUUUGGUUUGAAGAGCUUGCUCCAAUGGCUCUUGCUUUAUUCUCUUCUUGAGUUUUUCUUCACGAGCUAGAAAAGAUCUCAAGGUUUGAUCGAUCAGCAUUGUUUCAGGAUAUUUAGACUCUUCUAUUGGGAAGCAUAUAUGGUACAGUCGGUUGUACGGUUCCAGCCGGGCGUACAGCCGGUGGAAAACUUGUAAUUUUGGUGAAAAUCACAUAUUCUCUUUAAAUAAACAUUGAAUCAAUUUUGAUGAGAACCCAGCCUCUUCUUUUGAGUAUUAGGAGCCUAACGGUGAUCAUCAGUAAUAUCUGCUGCAUUCCUCAAACCAUGGAUCAUAUCGGUAGUGGAGGAAAUAGUGGGCUGGAUGUAUAGGAUUUUGAGCCACCUCAAUUUCUAUCCCAUAAUUACUCUUCUUGUAUGAACAAGGAGAAUCCCUCACACCCUAAGGAAUCAGAUACCCCGAGUGAUGAUUUCGACACUCCUUCAAAGAGACUUAUCAGAGCAAGAAUCACUGGAUGUCUCGUCUGAGACAAAAGCGAUCUCUAUUAUUAAGAGGAGCACGCGUAUCAGAUCAAAGAUUGCACAUGCACCGGAUUAAAGGAACAAAUUGCUACAAAAAGUUGGGGACAAAUUGGAGUGAUGAGAACAUAAAAGCAUACAGGGAGGCUAAAAGACAAGCAAAGAAAGCCGUAAGGGAAGCACGAGAGAAAGUGAACAAGGAGUUGUAUGAAAAGUUGGACUCUAAGGAAGGAGAACUAGAUAUUUAUAGACUUGCUCGUCUUCGUGAUCGCAGAACUCAAGAUAUUGCAAAAGUUAAGUGUGUGAAGGAUGUUGAUCAGAGGAUAUUAAUGGACGACAGAGAGAUAAAAGAGAGGUGGAGGUCAUACUUUGAUACACUAUUCAACGGGAACAAAACGCAAGAUAUCGGCGAUUUGUCCAUACCAGAUUGUAUGGUUAACCGUGAUUUUGUGAGAAGGAUCCAAACAACGGAAGUUAAAGAAGCUCUGAGGAAGAUGGGACAGAAAAGAGCAAUGGGGCCAGAUGGCAUACCGAUCGAGGCUUGGAGAAGUUUGGGAGAGAGAGGCGUCGAGUGGUUAACAAGUUUCUUCAACAUGAUUUGGAGAAACAACAAGAUGCCAACGAGUUGGAGGAAGAGUACUCUUAUCCCUUUAUUUAAGAAUAAAGGUGAUGUACAAGAAUGUGCCAACUAUCGAGGGAUUAAGCUUAUGAGUCACACCAUGAAACUUUGGGAGCGAGUGAUUGAGCAAAGACUUCGAAGGACUGUGAAGAUUUCAGAGAAUCAAUUCGGUUUUAUGCCUGGUCGCUCAACAACUGAGGCUAUUCACCUUCUUCGUCAACUUAUGGAGAAGUAUAGAGAUGCUCAUAAGGAUCUGCAUUUGGUGUUCAUUGACUUAGAAAAAGACAUAUGAUAGGGUACCUCGAGAAGUUCUUUGGUGGGCCUUAACUAGGAAAGGCAUAUCACGCAAGUAUAUCAGCAUCAUCAUGGAUAUGUAUGAGGAUUGUACUACAAGUGUUCGUACUAGUGUAGGGAGGACUGAAGAGUUCCCUAUUACUAUCGGAGUGCACCAAGGAUCGGCCUUGAGUCCUUUCUUAUUUGCCAUAGUCAUGGAUGAACUUACGAAGUCAAUUCAAGACGAUAUACCGUGGUGCAUGAUGUUUGCCGACGAUAUUGUAUUGAUUGAUGAGACGCAAUCAGGUCUUAAAGCAAAGUUGGAAUUAUGGCGACAAACAUUGGAGAAUAAGGGUUUCAAACUAAGUCGGAGCAAGACAGAGUACAUGGAGUGCAAAUUUGGUGGAGGUAGAAGUAGUGGUAAUAGCGGAAUUACUCUGGAUGGUAAGGAGAUACCAGUCAGCGAUAUGUUCCGUUACUUGGGCUCCAUAAUUCAGAAGGACGGUGAGUUAGAUGGAGAUGUAUCCCAUAGAAUCAGAACAGGGUGGAUGAAGUGGAAGAGUGCGUCAGGAUUUCUAUGCGACCGAGGUAUGCCGACUAGACUGAAGGGUAAAUUUUACAGGACAACAAUUAGGCAUGCAUUACUGUAUGGCGUAGAGUGUUGGGCGGUGAAACAAUGUCACAUUCAAAAGAUGAGUGUGGCAGAGAUGUGCAUGCUGCGUUGGCUGUGUGGGCAUACUAGGAAGGACCGCGUGAGGAAUGAGACAAUCAGACAAAGGGUGGGAGUAGCACCUAUUGAAGACAAGAUGCGGGAGUCGCGCCUACGGUGGUUUGGUCAUGUGCGUAGAAGACCGAGUGAUGCACCUGUUAGGCGAGUUGAGAUGUGUGGAGAAGAGGCAGGGAAGAGAGGGAGAGGAAGACCCAAACAGACGUGGGUUAGGGGAGUUCGAAGUGAUAUGCUUCUUCUGGGGUUGGAUGAGGGCAUGACUUUGGAGAGAACUAAUUGGAGGGCGGGUAUUCACGUGAAGGAGUGAUCUUGAUAAUCUUUUUCCCUCAUCUUUUUUUCCUAGUAUUUUUUAUCCUUAUAUAUAUAUGCAUUAUUUGCAGCCUUUUUAUUUUAUCAUUUAUAUAUAUAUUCAUCUUUUUUAUAUUAUCUUUUCAUAAUAGCUUAUCUUUUUAUCUUUAUUCCUUCUUUUCCUUUUGGUUGUGAUAUCAUGUAUCGAUUCAUGUUAGCCGACCCCAAUAUCUUUUGGGACUAAGGCUUGGAUGUUGUUGUUGUUGUAUUCAUGCAGGGAACACGCAUUCAAGCUACCGUUGAAAAUGCUCAUGUUUCUACCUUUAAGGACAAAAUUAAGGAGCAUAGUCUUUAUGGAAUGAUGCGUUUUGAAGUUAGGGCUAAUAACGGUGACUACAGGCCUACUUCACAUCCUUUCAGAUUAUAUUUUAAGGAGAACACAAAGAUCAAGGAGCGUGAUCUUUCGUUAGAGACAAAAUUCCCAAGGGAUUUGUAUUCAAUAAAAAGUUUCACCGAGAUUACAAAUACGCACAGGAGAGCGGGAGAUGACUUAUU